GGGUCGCGCGCGGCGAGCUCACGCGCCGCGCGGCGAGCCGAACGGAAAGGUACGGAGGUAGGCGGCUGGCCUCGCGCGGCCGCUGGGUUGCCCCUCCCCUCCCCUCCCCGCUCUUCCCGGCCGGGGCCCAUUUCUACGGCUCCGUCCUCCCCGUCCCCGCACACCCACCACCCCGAAAACCGAACACCCCCGUGACCCCGUCCCCCGCUCCCUCCCAACGCUGUGCGCCGAACGCAUUCCCAGGUCAAACCGAAACCGAGCGCAUGGAGGCCGCGGCGGCGACCGCGCUCCCGUUCGCGGCGGCGGCCGCCGUCUCCCCGCGGGGCGGGUGUACGGCGAUGGUGGCGGCAGGGCGCGCCGCGCGGCCCCGGCCGAGGCAGGGGCGGUGGCGGGGCGCGUCCGUGGUGGCGAAGAUGGAGGGCGGGCAGGGGAAGGGGGUGCCCACCACGAACUACGUGGUGCCGCUCGACAAGGCCACCGGGAUGACGCGCCCGCUCGUGGAGAUCCUGCGGGACCUCAACAAGCGCGUCCCCGACAAGAUCAUCGACCCCGAGACCAACGCCGUCCACUGGUAUCAUGCCAACAGAAUGCUUAGCUUUUAUGCACCAGGUUGGUGUGGAGAAGUUCGUGAUGUUAUUUAUUCUGAGAAUGGAACUGUAACCGUGGUCUAUCGAGUGAUACUGAAAGGAACUGAUGGAGAGGCAUACAGAGAUGCCACAGGCACAGCACAGGUCCAUGAGGGCCGCAGGGAAGAUGCUGUUGCAGCCGCUGAGGAAGAAGCAUUCUGCAAAGCCUGCGCACGGUUCGGUUUUGGACUGUACCUGUAUCACCAGGAUGAUAUGCAUCACGAGGAUCACUUCCACUGAGGCUCAUUACGCUACCGGAGCUGCUCCGCCAAAUGCUUAGGAUAAGCCCCUGGAGAACUUCAUAUCCAGAGAAAUUUUUGUUCUUUGUGUAGUAUCGUAUUCGUACCACAAGCGAAUAGGCGUGCUUCCACUUGAAUGUGAAUGUAGAUACUUGUGGUACUAGGCGUGCUUCCACCUGAAUGUGAAUGUAGAUGUGAAGAAAGCCUGUAACUUGUUUCUGUUCCUGCCUUUGUUGUUAAGAGAGUCGAUGGCAUCCUGCAAGAACCUGUCCAGAUAGGAAACCAUUAUGGAAAUUCUGCUGUUACUUGAUUGUUGUACUGCUCCAUCUCAUGCAGCGUAGGUUAAGUACAUGAGACGUCAUAUUAUUUGAGCAAAUACGUAGUUUUGUAAUUCAGAUAUCUGCUUGUAUUUAUUAGAUACAGUACAAAUGAAUUAUGAACGUUUGGACAUGUCCGCAAACUCA